CUUUAGAGUGUAAGAGGAAAGCAACACUGCACAUUAAAUUGGAGUGUUAAAACGGAAUCAGUGAUCCAGCAUGUCUUUAGACAACAGAGCAGAUGAGCUCAUCUUUUUUGUAAAUGGUAGAAAGGUCAUAGAGAAGAAUGCAGAUCCAGAACAAACACUGCUGUUUUACCUGAGGAAAAAAUUAUAUCUCACAGGGACCAAGUAUGGCUGUGGGGGAGGGGGAUGUGGAGCCUGCACGGUCAUGAUCUCCAGAUAUGAUCACCUGACACAGAAGAUACAACAUUUCUCUGCGGUUUCCUGCCUGGUUCCAGUCUGCAUGCUGCAUGGUAUGGCAGUCACCACUGUUGAGGGAGUUGGAAGCACAAAAAGCCAAAUUCAUCCUGUUCAGGAGCGGAUUGCUAAGGCCCAUGGCUCACAGUGUGGCUUCUGCACUCCGGGUAUGGUGAUGUCCAUGUAUACAUUACUGAGGAAUAAUCCUGAGCCGAGCACAGAGGAGUUACUGGAAGCAUUAUCAGGAAACUUGUGUCGAUGUACUGGAUAUAGACCAAUAAUAGCAGGUUACAAAACCUUCUGCAAGGACUCUUGUUGUCUGAAAAAAGAUGGAGACUGUUGUAUGAAUAAAGGCAAUAAUUCUAGUUUGUCUUCUGAUCAGAUCAUUGAAGGUACUUGCACAGAACUGUUCAAAGCAAAUGAGUUUAUGCCACUGGAUUCGACUCAAGAGUUAAUAUUUCCACCAGAAUUGAUUCUAAUGGCACAACAGCAAGAAAAAAGGAAAAUGUUUUUCUCUGGUGAAAGAAUAACCUGGAUAUCACCUGUACAUCUGAAAGAACUGCUAGAACUGAAAGCAAAUUAUCCUAAGGCUCCCCUGGUGACUGGGAAUACUAAUGUAGGACCUGAUAUGAAAUUUAAAGGAGUCUUUCAUCCUGUUAUCAUCUCACCUACAAGAGUUCAGGCUCUUAAUUCUAUCAGUCAGACAGAGAAAGGUAUGUCAUUUGGGUCUGCCUGUACUCUGUCUUUUGUGAAGGACAUCUUACAAGAAGCUCUGUUAAAAAUUCCAAGACAAGAAGCAAAGGCUUUCCAAGUACUAUUCCAACAACUGAAGAGUUUGGGGGGGAAGCAAAUACGGAACAUGGCGUCCUUAGGUGGAAAUAUCAUCAGUGCAUCUCCUACGUCAGACCUAAAUCCUAUCCUUGCAGCUAGUAAAUGUAACCUGAAUGUUUCAUCUAAAGAUGGUACACGGCAAAUUCCUUUGAAUGAAGACUUUUUCCUUGGCUAUGGAAAAACAUCAAUGAAACCAAAUGAAGUAUUAGUAUCAAUUGAUGUACCAAAUUCUGAAAAGUGGGAGUUUAUUUCAGCUUUCAGGCAAGCACCACGUCAAGAUAAUGCAUUUGCUGUAGUAAAUGCUGGAAUGAGAGUUGUUUUCAAGGAAGAGUCAAAUAUCAUUAGCCAGUGUAACAUCUUCUAUGGAGGAACUGGUCCAACUACUGUUGGUGCAAGAAAGACGUGUCAGCAGCUCAUAGGAAGGACAUGGGAUGAAGACAUGCUGAGUACUGCUUGCAGACUGAUUUUAGAUGAAAUUUCCCUUCCUGCUACAGCACCGGGUGGGAUGGUAGAGUUCCGAAGAACAUUAAUUAUCAGCUUCUUCUUCAAAUUCUACCUACAAGUUUUACAAGAAUUAAAGCAAAUGGGAGUACCUGAUGAUAAAAUACCACAGAAUUAUUUAAGUGCAACUGAGGAUUUCCCACAAGGAAGCAUUGAAAGCAAGCAGAUAUUUCAGGAUAUUUCAUGGAACCAGUCUGCUCAAGAUUUGUUGGGGCACCCCCUAAUGCAUCAGUCAGCAAUUAAGCAAGCCACUGGAGAAGCCAUGUACUGUGAUGACAUCAGAAGCAUGGAUGGAGAGCUUCACCUUGUGAUGGUUACCAGCACAAGGCCACAUGCAAGUAUAGUUUCCAUUGAUAAAAUGGAAGCUCUGAAGAUGCCUGGUGUGGUUACAAUUGUUACAGCUGAUGAUGUUCCAGGUUCAAAUGUAAUGCCGUAUCUCCAGGAUGAGACUGUCUUUGCUGAAAAUAAGGUGACCUGCGUGGGAGAAAUUAUCUGUGCUGUUGUUGCAGAAACAGUAACUCAGGCCAAACGAGCUGCACGAGCUGUGAAGAUAACAUAUCAUGACCUUAAGCCUGUGAUUAUCACCCCUGAGGAUGCAAUAGAGAAACAGUCAUUUUACAGUGCAAGAAGAAAGCUGGAACGUGGAAAUGUGGAUGAAGCAUUUAAAACAGCUGAUCAUGUCUUUGAAGGUCAUAUGCAUGUUGGAGGUCAAGAACAUUUUUAUCUCGAAACCCAGAGUGUCAUAGUAAUUCCUAAAGGUGAAGAUAAAGAAAUGGAUGUGUAUGUAACAUCUCAGCAUCCCAGAUUUGCCCAGGAGUCGGUUGCCUUGGUGAUGGGUACCCACUGCAACAAGAUUAUGUGCCAUGUAAAACGAGUUGGUGGUGCAUUUGGAGGGAAAAUAAUAAAGCCAGGAAAACUUGCAUCGAUAACUGCAGUAGCAGCGUACAAAACUGGUCGACCAGUGAGAUGUGUACUUGAACGAGGUGAUGAUAUGCUAAUUACUGGAGGUCGACAACCAUUUCUAGGAAAAUAUAAGGUUGGCUUUAUGAAUGAUGGGAGAAUCAUAUCAGCAGAUGUCAUAUAUUAUAGCAAUGCAGGAAAUACCUUGGAUGAGUCAGAUCUGGUAAUAGAGAAAGCCAUACUACAGGCAGAUAAUGCCUACAGUAUUCCCAACUUUCGGUGUGCUGGAUUUGUUUGCAAAACCAAUUUACCAUCCAAUACUGCAUUCCGAGGAUUUGGAGUACCAGAGGGACUUCUGAUUACAGAAUAUUUGGUAAAUGAAGUAGCAAUGAGAUCUGGAAUACCACCAGAAAAGAUUCGGGAAAUGAAUAUGUACAAAGAAAAACACAUAAAACUCUUCAAGCAAGAGUAUAACCCAAAUCUUCUAUUAAGGAGCUGGGAGGAAUGUCUGGAAAAGUCAUCAUUUUAUCAACAGAAGGCUGCCAUUGCAGAAUUUAACAAUCAGAAUCGCUGGAGAAAAAGAGGGAUUGCUAUUAUACCCCUGUCAUAUGGGGUUGGUUUUCCCUAUGGUUUCCUUAAUCAGGCUGCAGCUUUAAUCCAUAUUUAUAAGGAUGGCUCUGUUUUGGUGACACACGGAGGCAUAGAAAUGGGCCAAGGCAUUCAUACUAAAAUGAUGCAGAUUGUAAGUCGUGAGUUGAAAAUUCCUUUAUCAUACAUUCACAUCAGCGACACAAGCACUAAAACAGUGCCCAACACAAUAGAAUCAGCAGCAUCUUUUGCUACAGAUGUGAACGGAAUGGCAGUGAAGGCUGCCUGCCGAACUCUCAAGGAACGACUUGACCCAAUUAUAAGUGAAAAUCCCAAGAAGUCAUGGGAAGAAUGGGUAGAUGAAGCUUUCAUGAAAAGAAUCAGUCUUUCUGCGACUGGAUAUUUCAGGGGAUGGAAUACGUACAUGGACUGGGAGAAAAGCGAAGGGUUUCCUUACACAUACUAUAUGCAUGGAGCCUGCUGUUCUGUUGUUGAAAUUGACUGCUUGACAGGAGGUCACAGGAAUUUAAGAACAGACAUAAUAAUUGAUGCUGGAAUCCCCUUGAAUCCUGCAGUGGACAUUGGACAGAUUGAAGGUGCUUUUACUCAAGGUGUUGGACUUUAUACAAUGGAGGAACUGAAAUAUUCCCCAGAGGGGGUACUGUUCACAAGAGGCCCAGCUCAGUACAAAAUCCCUGCUCCUUCUGAUGUACCCCAAAAGUUCAACGUUUAUUUGCUUAGUGGAUCUAAAAAUCCAAAAGCAUUAUAUUCAUCUAAGGGUUUGGGAGAACCUGUACUGUUUUUGGGGUGCUCUGUGUUUUAUGCCAUUAUGGAUGCAAUAGCUGCUGCCAGAAAGGAUAGUGGAAUAACAGGACACUUCACACUGUACAGCCCUGCAACAUGUGAACGAAUCCGUAUGGCAUGUGUGGAUCAGUUUACACAGCAGAUUCCAAGAGAUAAACCAGAUUCGUAUGUCCCAUGGUCUGUGCUUGUGUAAAGCAGUAUCUAAACCAGCAAGAGAAGAAAAUAAUCCAAAAUGAUGUGGGGUGUUCAAGCUACCCGAUCUAUUCACAAGCUAUGAUAUGGUAGAGAGUGACUUUGCAAAGGUUAACGGCAUCCAUACAUUUAGAGUUCUUGCAAAUCUUUACCUCAGUUUUCCAUUUAUCUUAUAACUUUUUAAAUACAUAAAUUAUAUGACUUAUACACAUAGAAAAAGCAAAUUAUUAGGAAUACUGAUCAUAAAGAAAUAUUAGGUACACAAUGUGUUUUUCAGCAAAACACAUAGCUACAUGCAUAACUUCACAACGAGGCUUUGCUGUAGAAUUAGUAUGCUGUGCAAUACAUUUUAUAAAAUUGUAAGCAGACAUUGUAAAUGGCUGUAAUGUAUAUUUUGUAAAUUAACUAAGUUGUUCCCGUACACCUAAAUCAGAAUAUAAAAGUAUGAUAAAAGAACAAACUCACUCUAGCUUGUUAUGACUGUUUUCAAAAAUCCAUUUACAAGAGAGAUUCUUAUGACAGUUUAAAAGUACAUGAAAACUAUCUAGUAUUUAAUUUUUGUAGACAGGCACUGCGCAUUUACACCCUGAACUGAAGUGAAAUUCCUGCCACCUUCUGCCCAGAAGUAUUGUGUUUUCAUCACUAAACGAAAGGUAUAGAAAUGCAGCAUUGGAUUCGUCAGUCUUACAGCCAAUAAUUGUCACACUUUAUAAGAAAAAAAAACACCGGUGGCACCACAACUGCUUAUAUGCUUUUAUUUAAAACACAGAUAAGCACUUUCGAGCAUGAGAUCUUCAUCAGAUUAAAAAACAGUUAAAAUCAGUCAUAUUUAAACAAAUAACAACCAAUCAGAAUCAAUAGCAAAACCUACGCCACUUCAAUAGAGGUUUUAAAGGCAUACAACCAUUUAACCCAGGUGUAUGGUUAUGAUAUAUUUAUUUUGUGGAGAGGUACAACUGAAGAAUUAGUGUCAUUUGUUAGUUAUUUGGAAAACAACAUAUUUUUUACGUUUUACUGUCAGUUAUUCUGCUGACUCAAUAGAUUUUUUUAGAUUUGAAAAUCUAUAAAGAUGUGACUGGUAAAUUACAGCAUGCAUCCAAGACAUAUUUUUGAUAAUGUAAUGAGUGCACAGGGUCUAAGAAUUUCAAGACUAUAUACUGAAGACAAUAUAUAUGAAUGUGAGCUAAAUAAUAUGCAACAUAGGCUUGUCUCUCAUGGCUACCCAGCACAAAGGAUUAAUAGAACAAUAUCUAAGACAAAAGGUUGUAGAAGGAAUAAAGGUAAGCCUUGGUUUGAAUGUAGUGCAGGUAAUUCCAAUAAUAGAACUAAUACCAAUUAACAGAAAUCAAAUAAUAACCCAUAUGUGAGAAUAAAUUUACACUCUAACAGUGAUAUUGAUGCUAUUUCCCUGGUUAUAAAAAAGAACUGGAAGAUUUUACAUGCUGACAAUAAACAAAAAGCAGUAGUAGGUUCCCACCCCAGAUAUGCCUAUACUAAUAGCCAGAGUUUGAAACAGAUUUUAUGUAAGAACAUAUUUCCUAACAGGUCUAAUGCAUUCAGGAUGAAAUUGGGAACCUUUAAGUGUAAAAAAUGCAAAGACAUGUCAAUAUGUUAAAGAAAAUAAUAAUUUUGUGCAUCCUGUACCAGGCAGGAGGUAUACACCCAGAUUGCAUGCAGAUUGUAGAACUAAAAAUGUGGUGUAUUUAGCUGAGUGCACAUCAUGCCAAGUUUUCUAUGUUGGAAAAAUUAACAGAAUGUUGAAGCAAUGCAUAUUGCAAUGUAUGAGUGACAUUAGAUCAUGCCUGAGAAGUAAUGCUUUAUAUCAGCACAUAGAAAUAAAUAAAGAGCAUAAGUUUCAGUUUAUGGUGCUACAUAUCCAACAAGAGAGAAUGAGAGGAGGGGACAUUGUACAUAGUACUGAUCUAGCUGAACUAAGAUUGAUAGCUGAGUUGCAAGCCAACCAUACACCUGGGUGAAAUGGUUGUAUGCCUUUAAAACCCCUAUUGAAGGGGCGUAGGUUUUGCUAUUGAUUCUGAUUGGUUAUUUGUUUAAAUAUGGCUGAUUUUAACUAUUUUUUAGAUCUGAUGAAGAGCUAAUGCUUGAAAGCACUUAUCUGUGUUUUAAAUAAAAGCAUAUAACCAGUCAUGGUGGCUCCAGUGUUUUUUUUUUCUUAUUUUUUUGCAGUAUAUUCUACCACUGUGGACUUUUACUUCUUCCUUGGCUACUGUGGAUUUUUAUUGUCACACGUUAUGGUUACUUUUGCUUCAAAGCAGAACUGAAGACAUUUUAGGAGAAGUAUACUUUGUCUUUGAAAGUAAUAAAGAUAAAACUGGAUCUGUGAUUUUGUCCAGGGAAUGAGGAUUGAAAAUCAUGUUUCACCAAAAUAUUGCAGAUUUUUAAACAAGAAUCAAGUGCUGGCAUUUCAUCAAGAGAAACUGAUGCACAGGGUGCCUUGGAACAGAAUUUGUUUCUGUUAUAGUGACUAAGAAUAUGCAGAUGCAUCAAAAGUCAGUAAUGCAAAUGCCCUUCCUUUUUAAUGUGUUUUACUUGAUCAGCUCUGUCAUGUGAUUUUAUUAAGUUUGUAUCUAAACACAUGGUUUGUGGUUGUAUUUACCUGAUGAAGUUCUUUGUACAUUCAUUGGAAUGAAAACACUUAUGGCAAUUGAAGGUGUAUUAUUGGAGUGUGCCUAAGCUUGUUGCUUUUUCCAUUUUUGUUAUUUUAUUGUUUCACACCAAGAUAUUGGAGGCUUUUCUUGUGUGUUAUAUUAAAAAUAUCAAAUGCUAGUUAGUAUAAUGUGAUCAAAAUAUUCUGGUGUUUCCUUUGACUGAAUCACCGUAUCUAAAUAACGUUUCAUGUGCCCUCAUUCUGGAGUGCAUUCUCAGACCUCUUAGUAUUCGAUGUUGUUUAGAUUAUACUUUGCUUCAUG